AUGGAGGAUGUUAUUUUUUGCGAUGAAAAAGACCGCUUCAUGAUCAAUAGCUCAAAUUCUGUCGAUGAAAUCAUCAAAAAACUUGGAGAUUUUGAAGGAACACGAGAAAUCUGGCUUGGAAAUGAGUUUCUUGCAAGUGGAAUCGAAGAUCUAGAUGAAUACAUCAUGUAUGCUAUUCUUAGCGACGGUCCAAAUGACAAGCCCGCGUAUAAAGCUGAAUUUUUUACUUUUGGAAGGACUCAUUGGAUGGGCCUUCGUUUCACGAAUAUUGAAACAAAUGAGGAGUAUCCGAUCUAUAAUUAUGGUCCCACCGAUGAAGCAACAAGAGAGUAUUUCCUUGCCUUUCCAAACCAUCGUUCUGGAGGACACUGUAUACGCUCUGUGAACCGCGAGGAAUUGGACAAGUGGAGCACAAGAAUCUUUACCAUUUGCAGGAUGAAUGUCUUAGUUGACAGAGAUAUUGAAGCUUAUACUAAUGCGACGUUUGUAGAAAUUGAUGAAGCAAUAUUAAAUGAUGCAGCAAAAGCUCUGGACUAUGGACUUUACGGUUUCUACCAGAAUGCCUAUAAAAGUAGAUGUUCCUCUGGAUCAAUAGAUUCUUACGACACGAGCACAUAUCCUUUCGAAAUCGAAACUGCGGAAGAUUUGAAAAUCCACGCUGAAUUAAGGAAGAGGCUAUCCACACUAAGAAACGCCAUUUUUCGCCUCAACAUCAUAAGACAUCCAAAUGGCUACUUCAUUCAUCCAGAUGGACGACUGGUUGAAAUUGACCUCUCUUUGUAUACAAACUGCGAUACGAACCUCUUCCGACUCAAAGAUCUCCUGACUAUGUCCGUUACAAAAGAACCUGACGAAGCAGCAAGGUUUUUCUUUCGACGAAGAUCAAAGUACGACGAUGUCAAAUACUAUUCUGCUUGUUUUGAGGGGCACUAG